AUGGAUUAUUCGGCCCGUCCCUUUAAUCGUCACCCUCCCCCCAGAUUCGGCCGUCGCCUCGUGAUAAUCGUCACCCUGUCCCUCUUCACUUUCCUCUCCUCCUCCAUCUCUUUCCUCACCAACUUCAGCCUCAUCUUGGCCUUCCGCGCGGCGCUCGGCUGCGUCAACCUCCCGACCUUCUACAUUCUGGCCAUGGAGGUGUGUGAGCCCAGGAUGCGUUCCUUUGUGGGCGUCCUCACUGCCUUACCGUGGGCGGCCGGCACCAUGGCGUGGGGGGGCGUGGCUUACUUGAUCCGCGACUGGAGGACUUUAAACCUGGUUGUCUCGCUGCCCAACCUGGUGAUUUUCCCGGCGCUCUACCUGAUGGACGAAUCGCCCCGCUGGAUGAUCAUCCGCGGGCAGCACGAGCGGGCGCUGAAGACGCUGACGAAGGCGGCGAGGUGGAACGCGGUAACGCUGCCCCCCGAGGACGACCUCAAGGGGACCAUGAGGGACAUUCAGGCCCAGACCACGUCAUCUGCUGAGAAGAAGGAAGUAAAAUCUAAAAAAGAAUCAGUGAGAAACGGGCUCAAUUUUGCAUUAAUUCUGUGCAGGACCAGGAAAAUCACCCUCGUGACCCUGAUCAUGUUCAUCGACUACCUCAUCGUGUCCAUGGUCUUCUACGGCCUCUCCCUCAGCGCCACCUCCUUCAGCGCCGACCCCUUCGUCUACAUGGCCCUCGCGGGACUCGUCGAGAUCCCAGGCUACUCCGUCACGGCGCCGAUCAUCGCCAGGCUCGGGCGCAGAGGGCCGGCGACCUUCGGCUUCCUGGUGUGCGGGGCCGCUAUCUUGGCCCUGGCCGUCAUCCCGUCCCGCGUGGCGUGGCUCGUGAUGAUCCUCGCCAUGACGGGCAAGCUUUUCAUCAGCGCCUCCUAUCAGAUUAUCUACGUUUACGUCACCGAGCUUUUCCCAACGGAGGCACGGACUACUGGCAUGGGCAGUGCCAUCGUGGCAUCGCGUAUCGGAUCGGUUCUGGCACCCUUCGUCACGGAUUUUCUGGGCCCGGUUCUCCCCUGGGCUCCGUCGGUGAUCUUCGGAGCCUCGUCGCUGGUGGCGGGCGCCGUCACGCUGGUCCUGCGGGAGACCCUGGGAGCACCGUUGCCGGACACCAUAGCCGACCUCGAGACCAUCGACAAGCGGCGCAGGCAACGAGACGCAGGCACCCCGGGCGAAUUGGUCGAUCUGGCGUCGUGAUUGGCCAGCCCGCCUCUGCCUCCGUCGCCCACCCACCAAUCAAUGUUGUUCCUGUG